AUGUCGGACGGAGCAUUGCUGCGCUCUCCAGAAUUUUCCGCCAUCUCUUCACCGUCAUACCAUUCUGGGGACCUGAACGAAGGCCAUCCUCUACACGACCUGCAGGGCGUCGAAGCUACAAGGGACGACCCCAGCUGCGAAAGUCUCCUUGAACCUGCCGAACCUGAUGACUAUGACCCAGAAGAAGCAAGCAUUCUAAUCCCUCCUCGGGAAUUGUUGGAGCGGUCAACUGAUGGUGACCGGCUCACUUGGACACGCCAGAACCGACUAUAUAAGUCCAAGUCCACUUUCCAAGCUGUUUUGCAGUGGAUCAAAGGUCCCCAGCCUCCUCGGAUCUACCACAUUCAAUCCUCCAAAUGGCUUCAGAAUGCGUGCGACCGGCUUCUCGACAGGGUUUUGCCUGGCAGAUGGCUCAAAUUGGUGGCUCUGCUUGCUCUCUAUGUUUUGUGGAGUGGCAUGUUCCUUUUGGCGCUGCCAAAAUGGGUGAUCUCGAGCACUGACCCCGUCUAUGGUCGGCCGAUCAGGCUGGACUGUACAUCUCGUCUAUGGCCCAACAGCACCGCCUGCGGGUUGGACGGCCAGGAGUGCCGCCCUUUCGAGGACCACCAUUUCGCCUUCGUCUGUCCGGCUGGUUGUAGAGACGCCAUGGUGCUCGAGCCUCACUUCAUCGGAUCUCAGCAAGUCAACUACCGAAGCCUCAUUGUCGGAGGACCACGACGUCUUCAGGACUCUGGGUCUGCCAUCUACCGCGGCGAUUCGUUCAUCUGCGCCGCCGCCAUCCAUGCCGGAGUCACGACCAACUCCCGCGGAGGCUGUGGAGUGCUGUUGCGCACCGGGGAGCGGUCCAACUUCCCCAGCGUCGAAGCCCACGGGAUCCAGAGCAUUGGAUUCCCCUCCAACUUUCCGCUCUCCUUUACCUUCAACUCGUCGUCCAGCAGCUUGGCAGCGCCCGCCGCGUGCAGGGAUUCUCGGUGGAUGUUCCUGGGCACAUCGGUCCUGAUUACUUCCAUUUUAUCCGUCUUCGUCACCUCCCCGGUGACGUUGUUCUGGUCAAUCUACAUCGGCAUGUUCUUCCACGUCGCCCUAAUAUCCGAUCCACCAUACUACCAAGACUACGCCGAAGUGGUCUCACUCGCGAUUCGACGAUUUCUCCCCGCCGCAUUUGUGGGGCAUGUCAUCUAUCAAUACUGCGUCUGCCGCACCUUGUCCAAUCUCAAAGCCCCCCUCGAGAGGGCUGUGCUUUGGCUUGGCGGGUGUUGGGUUGGGGCGUUGAACAACGUCACCUUCGACCGCAUACCGAUAUCGCGACUGACUCCGCACGACCUUCAGCAGCAACCCGGCGCUAUGCUGGCGCUGUCGUUGAUCAUCGGCAUCAUUCUGAUCGUCGCGAUCGGACAGGCAUGGUGCUUCCGAACCGAGGGUCGCAUGGCGCGGUACCUGCUCUUCUACGCCGUCGUGGCCAUGUUGUUGACCGCUCUCGUCCUGAUAUUCCCCAGCAUGCACCUGCAACUCCGGAUCCACCACUACAUCCUGGCCCUGAUCCUGCUUCCCGGCACGUCUCUCCAGACCCGCCCCAGUCUGCUGUACCAGGGCAUCCUGCUGGGACUGUUCCUCAACGGUGUCGCGCGGUGGGGUUUUGAUAGCAUCCUCCAGACACCGGGCCAAUUGCUCCAAGACGGCGCCGCCCUGGGUAGCGUUGUACCGUCUCUAGCUAACCCGCCGGUCAUGGUGGGAGAGGAUAACAUCACGUUCGACCUCGCCAUGUCCUCCGAAUCAUCGUCAUGGGAUGGGAUCAGCGUGCUGGUCAAUGACGUCCUCCGCUUCCUCUCCUUCCCACCCAACGACCCCAUGACAUUCCAGUGGACGCGCCGUGUGCCCCACGAGCCCGAGUUCUUCAGAUUCGCGUACGUGAAAAGGGUGGAAUUCGCUGGUGGGGAGUGGUACGGCGAUUUUACACCGCCGGCGCUGUGGGAGGGGAAUGGGACGUUUGUUCGCGCCGCCACUGCUGUAUGA